AUGGAGUUGCGUGUUGGGAACAAGUAUCGCCUUGGGAGGAAGAUUGGUAGUGGAUCAUUUGGAGACAUAUACCUUGGUAAAUAUUUUCUUUCUCAAAGCUGUAAUCGUUUUUUUUGGGUAUUUUCCUCUACAUUGAGGGCUUUAUGCGUAAAGUUUCAUGUUUACUAGCUUAUUAUUUUAGCUUAAUAAAGUCUCAGGAUCUGAGUGGUCUCGACAAUAAUUUGUUGAUUAUCGACGUUCGAUAGCAAAUUUUUAUAAUUUAUUGUUAAUGUAAGUAAACCAAGGUUAAACAUGAAUGUGUUGGUUUUUAAGGGACGAAUAUUUCAACUGUGGAAGAGGUUGCUAUAAAGUUGGAAUGUGUCAAAACCAAACAUCCGCAACUGCACAUAGAAGCGAAGUUUUACAAGAUGAUGCAAGGAGGAGGUUUGUUGUUUUCCAUUUUCAACGUCCGAUAAGUUGGACUAUGGCUCCUUACACCUUUCCGUAUUCUCUUCACCGGAUUACUAAGGAGAUCGAAAUGAUAUUUACAAAAACUAACGAUAGUAUAGAUAGACGAAAGCUGGACUGUAAAAAGCUACUGUGGAGAGUAUGAGAACCUGAUCAAGUUCGUUUAGGUUCGAGAGUCCUUAAGUUUAACAAAACCUACUUUUAGGCUGAAAUGAUUUGUAGGGUUCCACGCAUCACCAGGUAUUUAGCUCACUCACUGUGGGAUGCAACAUUCUUGUGGUCAAAUUUAUGAUAAAUCUACUUAUAGCGAAGAACUUGUAAUUCGUGUUUACAAUCGAGGGUUGUUAUGGCAUCCAUUUUUCUAAUCAGUUAAAAAAAAAAAAAAAAAAAAAAAAUGACAAAGUUUACACGAAACCAAAAUAUUAAUCCAUAUGCUUAAUUACACUCAUCUAUGCUGCUUUUGCACCAAUCACAUUGGCACAUCAGGAUAUUUAUAUCGCACCAAUCAUAUGACAAGAUUGGGAUAUCUCGCUCCAAUUACAGUGUUGGGGUAUUGUUUUCUUUCCAUUGAAUUCAUGGAGUCAAGAAUGACAUUAACCAGAAAUUGUGGGCCCAUUUUGUAAUUGUAAUGGUCGGUAGUCUUUCUGAGUGCCCAAUUGUUUUAGUUAAAGAUAUGUUGGGAUUAGAAAGGGUGGCAGGUAAUUUUUUGCAUCAUUUUUAAGUUAAAACAUUGUUUUUUUAUGGCUCCUUUACUCGCAAUGCAUCAGACAAAAAACUUGCAUCCCAUCAGGUACUAUGACAACAAUGCCCAAAAUCCAAACAGAACAUACCCAAUCAUUACACUGCAUAAGCAUUAGGCAAUUUUUAUUUUAUUUCUGUUGGAGGAAGGGCAGUAAGUGUAGUCUCCUUUGCAUCUGUUGUUUGGUCAUGCAUCGUGCUCUCUCUCAAAUUGGGGAGAGAGCGCAUUGUGUAGCAAGACUAAAUAACAGCUUUGAAGGAGACUAAUGAUGCAGUCUAUUCUUGCUUAGAAGUACUCAGACAACAGAGACGAUAGACCACAAAACACCUUUGUGUGAGUUUAUUGCAGAUAAAUUGGAAGGUUUUUCUUUCUUUCUCUUAAGCUAAAGUAAUGCUGUUCUUGCUCUUCUGAAAGUUAUGUUCUUUUUCUUUUACGAAAAUGAAAACAUCAAUUAAACAAAGUGUCGUACUUCAACCCACCCAGCUGGAAAAAAUAACUCUUGCAUGGGUAGCAUACCAAUGUUUUUUAUUUUAAGACAUCCAAGGUAUUGUGAAUUUUUGCAGUGUUUUCUCAGAAAUUUGAGGAGUAACUCUGGAAUUAAGUCUAGAAAAUAUGUAUGUAGUGUACAUUGGUGUACACAGCUACACAUGAGAAUGUUAUCUACAGCUCUGACAAUAUUUAGUAAACACCAUGGAUCAAAUGGGGUACUGUAAAAAAUAAAUUUGGGUUCUACUUCUGGUUGGCUGUAUCUUCAAGCAAAAAACUGCAACAGACAUUAUGUCAAAAAACCUCAAAGAUCUAUUGUAUAAAGAACCAUUGAUGUGUGCUGCUAUUGGCAUAGCAUUCUGAGUGAUAUGUUUGGAUAUCACUCUGUCUGGCUAUAAUUAUGUUGUGCUCAUAAACAUAUGACAGUUGUCUAUGCUAAUUCUUGUUAUGAAAUACAUGUGGAUGUGGGUAGUGAUUGUGCUACUUUUCUGGUGCUAAGGAAUCCAAAGAACUUUAUCAUUUAUUCAUGAUAAUGAAGAAAUUUUAUUCUACAUGUUCAUGCAUGCGUGUUAUUUUUCUCAUUACCAUGUGAAGGGUUUACUGUCAAGCAAAACAAAUGUUAUAAAGGAAUCCUAUUGUUUAAAUGUAAAUCACUGUAACUUCUGAGAGAUAUAUUGCAAACUUUUGUUAAUAAUUCAGGGUUGGCACAAUGUAAGGUUUGCAACAAAAUACUACAAUGCAGGUAACAUAAAUGUAAUACACAUGUAGAGCUGAAUUAUUUUGGUAUUGUUGACAGUUGGCAUACCUACUAUCAAGUGGUGUGGGACAGAAGGUGAUUACAAUGUGUUAGUGAUGGAGCUACUGGGACCCAGUCUGGAGGAUCUUUUCAAUUUUUGCAACAGGAAGUUUAGUAUAAAAACAGUGCUUCUCUUAGCUGAUCAGAUGGUAAGUAGUGCUACUCAAGUUUUGCAGUUUUUUUGCCAGACAGUGUACAUUGUCAAGUUGCAAUUUUGUGUGAUGUUUUGUGUACACAUGUAUUCAUUAAUAUGGUUCUUGUAAAGUAAUGAAAGUUUUGAAUAUUCAACCAGCAAAUCAGAAGGUUGGAGGUUUGAAUUAUCUUUAUCUAUGGACGUAUAUCCUUUACUUUGUUUAUUGGACAUCUUUCUUUCCUUAUUUCUUUCUUUCUCUAUUAACUUUUGUUAUUAAAAAAUCAGUUUAUGUUUUGGAUUCUUCUCUUGUUGGUUUUACCCAGACUUCCUACUGUUUUUUGUACAUUGACAGGUUGAUUCUAUGGGGUGCAGAAUUUCCAGGGUGCAACAUGUUUAAUUUCCACUGAUAGAGUAAGAAAAUUAAUUUAUUUGAUCAAUUCUGUUUGUUUUUAGAUCAGCAGAAUAGAGUAUGUUCAUUGUAAAAAUUUCAUCCACCGGGAUAUCAAGCCAGACAACUUUUUGAUGGGACUUGGAAAGAAGGGGAGUCUUGUGUACAUCAUUGACUUUGGACUAGCCAAGAAGUACAGAGACCCAAGAACACAUCAGCAUAUACCAUACAGAGAAAAUAAAAACCUCACUGGAACAGCCAGAUAUGCCAGUAUCAACACUCACUUGGGAAUUGGUAGGUUGGAACCAGCAUUUCACAUUCUGAACAGACUUGUCAUCAGAUAAAGUUGUUGCUUUUUGGCCAGUGAUUAAAGAAAUUAAGGCUACUUCCUCAGCUUUGAAUAAUUUGAAUUACUCUGUAAUGGGUUGCAUUGUCUGUUUCAUUCUGUAAGGUGAAAGACUCUCUCUCUCUCACUCUAACCAAGAGUUAAGUCGAAGUUUCAGGGAAUUGUGAGGGAUUUAUGAAAAUUGCUUGGGUUACAGGCACCCUGUUCACCUGGAAUAGAAAUAUGCUUAGUCACAGUAAGUGCUAAGGAAAUGGGUGUAUGUUCUGGUAUGGUUGGCCAUGAGUCUUACAAAACUCAGCACAACACAUCUCUUUAAUAUAUAUUUUUCCAACUGUAGAACAAAGCAGAAGAGAUGAUUUAGAAUCACUUGGUUAUGUACUGAUGUACUUCAACCUGGGUAGCCUUCCAUGGCAAGGCCUUAAAGCUGCCACCAAGAAACAAAAAUAUGAACGGAUCAGUGAAAAGAAAAUGUCUACGCCCAUUGAAAUCCUCUGUAAAGGAUUUCCAUGUAAGUGUUGUUAUUAUUUUUACAAAGAAGUACAGUAAUGAUGUCUUCAUGACAUGUUGCUCAGUUUAAGAAGAAGGAAGGCUAUUAUUUUUUUUAUAGAUAAUUAUGUUUGUUCUCAUGUUAGACUUAAAGUUGUCACUGUGAAAGAAGUAAAGUAAUUAUUGCAGUCAUUUGACUGUAAUGAUUUCUCAUGAUUUUUAUGAACAAUCACAAUUUUACAUUAGUGGAUCCUUCCUUUAUCUGGAAACCAAAAUGAUUUGUUUGAUAUAUGGAACUAAUCAUGAUGACAAAAACUUCCUUUGUUCUCCACAUUUACAGUUAUGUUUCACACCUUUGUUCUCUGUGUAUCAUCAGUGAUCUUUUCUCAUUUGCAUUUGAUAAUGGUGACAUGUUGUUGCCAAACAUCAUAUUUUAAUAGCAUUGCUUUUUAUCCUUAAAUUUUCAUUAUCAGUUUUACUGAAAACUAAUAUUAAAAAAAACCUCUACACUUUUAUUAUUACUGGGAAAGUUAAUGGUCUGAAGUUGGUUAGAUGUUUGUAUGGGUGAGGGUGUGCAAAGUAUCCCCAUUUUAAACAAUAUCUUCAAAGAUUAACCUUGAUGAGAUUGUCGCAGAUGUGUGAUAAAAACAACUUGAAAAAAAUAAUAUAAAAAUGGGACCUGAGUGUAGUGACCCCCUUUUGUUAUGUUUUUCUUUUAAUUUCCUAAGGGUUUGUUUGGUGAACGAAAACUGUUAAAAUCUACUAAUUUAAGACCUCUAAAAUAUUAUUUGAACAAUUUUUGAUUCUGCAGCUGAAUUUUCCACUUACCUCAACAACUGUCGGUCACUACGCUUUGAUGACAAGCCAGACUACUCUUACCUACGCCAACUUUUCCGCAACCUUUUUCACUGUCAAGGAUAUGUUUAUGACUACAUAUUUGACUGGAAUCUUCUCAAGUUUGUGAGUAAUUAGUUUAAAAACUUGUUGUUUCUUUUAACUAAACAACAUCCUCCCCUCUCCCUUGAUAAUAUCAGCAACAAAACAAACCAAAAAAAAAGGGAGCGGAAAUGAAUAAAAGGAACAGACUUAUACAAUUAACAUUGCUUGCCAUUGCUCCGUGCUCGUCGCCUGUCCAACUGUAUCAAAACUUCAUUAUAAGUCAAAUAUCACUGGAUUCUUGACUCUUCUGCCAUUAAAUUCGUGUGAAGGGGGUUAGGUCCUUAGUUGUUGCUACUUCAGGUGAAGUUUGUGUUUCUCUUAUCGAGUUUCCCAAGAGACUGAACAAUCUGGGUGGUAAUCUUGUGGUGGAUUUGGCCUCCAUCAUCAUGUAUGAUUAUAAGUUCUGGGUGAAGUGUUUUGUUGUACAGCUGAUUGGAAUCAAUAGAGCAAUGGUUGCAACCAAUGACUGCACCCUAUAGAGCAGUGGAAAUGGAGUCUUACCUUAAGCAAGAGAAACCAAAAUUUAAGUACUGGCUGAAGUAGGCUAUCAUUAUUACGCUUUUAUCGACUACACUGUCAAAAUUAAUAAAGUUCAGCUAUUUGCAUGUGAAGGAAACUUGAACUCUUUUUAUUGCAUCGUUUUGGAGAGCUUUAAAUAGUCAAUUCUGUAUUCUGCCUUAGGGAAGUGGUCGGGAGCCAGAUGGUGGCGCUGAAAGACCAGUAAUGAGAGGAGGUGAAAAGGCACUAGAGAGGGAACGUGAACCCAGGGAACCAGAACGGAACCAUCGAAGCUCCACUACCCGUGCUGUUGCUGGUGGAGCAUCUGGUCGGCUCCGAGAUCCAAUGAGUGGUGCUACUCCCUCUCCAGUUGGUAGGUUUCAGAUUUUUACGCACGCGCUCUGUUACCGUUUUCGUUUUCUAAGUAAACUCGUGUAGUGGUAUAACACCUCUCUUGAUCAUGAUUACUUUGUUCUCUGCCCCAAAAAGGUGCACAGAGACCAAUUUCACGAGCUGAAAGAGAAAGACGGAUCACUCGCCUUCAUCGCGGGGCCCCAGCUGAUGUCCAAGGCGGGGAUCUCCCUAGGGGUGACAUGUCGCGGAUGUCCGGCGCCCACGUUCGCUCGACCCCUGUGAUGACCCCAACGUCCUCUGGGACUGGACUGAGACGCGCCAGUGGAACCAGGCAACAGGAAAGGGAUCCUGGAAUGAUGGAACUCUCCACUGUACGUCAUUCAACGAAACAUUUCACGCGUGCCCCAAAAUGACUUGAAAAUUCACCGUAAUCAACAUGUCUUUAGAUAAGAGGCUAACAUCAUUGUGGUCCUGAAGUAGGAAUCAUCUUGUCGUUAUCAUUGCUUUAAUUCCUGAGAAAGACGUCUUGCGUUUUUGCUCUUAGUGGAAUAGUUAUGCUGUGUCCGUGAUAGUCAUGCCAGUGCAUAUCAAUUAAUAGGAGACACUUUUUCUCUCCCUUUUUUUGUAAUAACUAUUGGUUUGGUGGCCGGAACACCAGCUGUGACUUUAUUAAAAAUAGUGUAGUGUUAUAGUUUAUUUAAUUCCCAUUCAAAUGCCAGACACGAAUCUUUCAAUUGAUUGAAAGAUACUGAUAUGCUAUAACUCUUUUUAUAUCGUGUGACCCAAGUCAACUUCAUAAAAAUAGAGUGGUGUUUGACCAUCGAGCGAAAGCUGAGAAUGAAAAACAACCACUAGUCGAUCUCUUUCACAGCUUUACACUGGUGCAGUGAGAAUUAGAGUAUUGGAAUGUGGGAUGGUUUCGUUUCGAAAAAAUGACUAACUUCCAUUAAUCUCCAGCCACUCUAAACUAUUGUAAAGCUUUACGGUAGUGCGCUGAAGACUACGAAUGAAUAUUGUAUAAAGUGUAAAAUGAAGAAAGACAAAAGCUUUAAAUCUCAUUGUGUCAGGUUGUCACUGUC